AUGAAUUAAGUUAAAAAAGAUUAAGCUAAUCCAUUAUAAUAAAGUUAUGAGUAGUCUCGAGUAGGAGUAGCUUUUGGAGAUGAUUUUGAAAAAGGUCCAGUAUCCUUUAGGUAACAAAUUUGGUAUCAAAUUGAGAGCUGAAGCCCAUUUUAAUGAAUAAAAAGCAAUAGAUUAAUAUGAUUAUCUAAAGAAUAUAGUAGGAGAUCAUAUUGAUAUAGAUUGGUCUUUAGUUUGUUUCCUUAGAUAUUAACCAGGUAAAAAAGAAGCAUUGAUAGAAUCAAUCACAAAAAUUAAGGAUAGACGUAGAAAGUUAUAUUAAUUAAUUAGCUCGUUUUGAAGCCUUUGAAUGUAAAAUUCACUCAGAUGAAACUUAUGUUUAUUUUUCAGUCAAAUUAAGAGAAGAUGAAGAAAGCAAAUUAAAAGGAGGAUUAGAAUUAAUUUUAGAAAAUGGUAAUUAAUUAAUUUAAAUAAAUGAAGGAUUAAGAGAGAUGGUUAAGAAUUAAGAUAAUUAUUUAAACUUUGAAUUUGAUGCAAAUUAUGAUUUUGAUUAAUUGGUAUAGGCUGUAUCAAAAGGAGAAAGAGUUGGAGCAGCUUUUUUAAGAUAAAUUAGGUAAAGAAUAUUUUAUAAAUAAAGAGCUGAAUUAAACUUAUUUUUAACAAAAAACUUUUAUUAAGGAAUUGAGAAAUUUGUAUCAGGAAUUGAUAAAGAAGCUUUAGAAUCUCCUCCAUUGGCAUUUUUAAAACAUUUUAAAAAUUUAGAUAUGGAUUUAAGAUUCAGAUCAACAGAUGAAUUACCAUAAGUAAUAAAAAAUUAAAUGAUUUUUGGAGAAGAGUUUUAGACUUUAGCUUAAGAAGAAUUAUAAUUACCUAUUAAUCGUACUAAAUAAAUUAAUGCUAUUAUGGAUGUAAUCAAUAUAGAUGUAUUUAGGCAGCUGCAGAUAAUGGAUUUAUUUAUUUCACUAUUUCAGAUUUAUGUGCUGUUAAAAUUGAAUCACACACACCAAAAUUAUCAACUUUUUUAACUAAAUAUGGAAAGUAUUUGGCAAAAUUAGUUGGAUUAGGAGAAUUUGUGCCAGAAGUAUGA